UCACCUGUUGGUCCGCUUUAAGGCCACCUCUAUCUCUCCUCCCCUGUCCCUCUAUCUCAAAAUCCACAAGGCCAAAACCCAGAAGAAACUAGACCAGAAGGUUCUCAAGUCAUGACCAUGGCUUCACUGUCAUCACUAUCAGUAGACAUAGCCACUACUUUCGCCUCUUUAACUUCUCGCCAUCCCACCACACUCCGCUCCACCAUCCUCCCUUUCUUACUAAAACCACAAAGAACCCAUCAUCCCGUCCUCAAAACUACACCCCUUUUCCAUCGCCGCCGCUUCUCCGUUUCUGCCACCGCCACCACUUCUGCCCCUCAGACUGAAGACUCGGACUUAACCACCAAGAUUCCUCCCGAUAAUCGGAUUCCUGCCACCAUUAUCACCGGUUUCUUGGGCUCUGGCAAGACAACGUUACUUAAUCAUAUUCUGACUGCUGACCAUGGGAAGCGCAUAGCAGUGAUUGAGAAUGAGUAUGGUGAAGUUGACAUUGAUGGCUCUCUUGUUGCUGCGAAAACUGCUGGGGCUGAGGACAUUAUAAUGCUCAACAAUGGUUGUUUGUGCUGUACAGUGAGGGGUGAUCUUGUCAGGAUGAUUGCGGAUUUGGUUAAGAGGAAGAAAGAUAAAUUUGAUCAUAUUGUAAUAGAGACUACAGGGCUGGCAAAUCCUGCACCAAUCAUUCAGACUUUUUAUGCUGAAGACCAGGUUUUUAAUGAUGUCAAAUUGGAUGGUGUUGUGACGUUGGUUGAUGCUAAACAUGCUCCUCUCCAUCUCGAUGAGGUUAAGCCAAAGGGAGUGGUGAACGAGGCAGUGGAGCAAAUUGCUUAUGCUGAUCGGGUUAUAGUAAAUAAGACUGAUCUUGUUGGUGAGCAAGAAAUCGCUUCUUUGGUGCAGCGGAUAAGGAACAUCAAUCGUAUGGCUAGUUUGAAGCGCACACAAUAUGGAAAAGUUGACUUGGAUUAUGUCCUCGGCAUUGGAGGAUUUGAUUUGGAGAGGAUUGAGAGUGCUGUCAGUGAUGAAGAUAGAAAGGAAGAUCAUGCCAGCCACGACCACGAUCACGAUCAUGAUCACCACCACCACCAUCAUCAUGACGAACAUGACCAUAAGCAUGAUCAUCAUGAUGAUCAUCAUUCGCAUGACCACACUCAUGACCCUGGUGUUUCUUCUGUCAGUAUAGUCUGUGAAGGGAGCCUAGAUCUAGAAAAGGCUAACUUCUGGCUUGGUACUUUAUUGAUGGAACGUAGUGAGGACAUCUACCGGAUGAAAGGUUUAUUAUCUGUUCAGGGAAUGGAUGAGAGAUUUGUAUUCCAGGGUGUUCAUGAUAUAUUCCAAGGUUCACCUGAUCGGUUAUGGGGUCCCAAUGAACCCAGAACAAACAAAAUUGUGUUCAUAGGGAAGAACUUGGACGCUCAGGAAUUGGAGAAGGGCUUUAAAGCCUGUUUACUGUGAGAUUUAAAACAUUAAGUCAUUCGGAUAAUAUCUCUUUAUAUUAUGUUCUUGAUUAGUGGACAAUUUAUGUGCAACCGAUUUUUUUUGUUUACUUUCUUCGAGGAACAAUGAGUUGUUUCCAACAUAAAUUUCAAAAUAGAAAGACCACUGAAAAGGGAUGGCUGAGCUA